AUGGGCUCACAAACUACAGCCCCGAACGGGGCAGAGUCGCACAAGCCGGUGCUCUUUUUUGAUAUAGACAACUGUCUCUAUCCCAGAAGUAGCAAGGUCCAUGAUCUCAUGGCCGACCUGAUCGACCAGUACUUCGCAAAGUAUCUGGGCGUAGACGAGAAGGAGGCCAUCCGGCUGCACCAGGAGUACUACCGGGACUACGGCCUUGCGAUUGAGGGCCUGGUACGGCACCACCAGAUAGACCCCCUCGAUUACAACGCCAAGGUCGACGACGCGCUGCCCCUCGAGGAUAUUAUAAAGCCCAACCCGCAGCUUCGCAAGCUUCUCGAGGACAUUGACACAUCCAAGGUCCGCCUCUGGCUGUUCACAAACGCCUACGUGACCCACGGCAAGAGGGUCGUCAAGCUCCUUGAGAUUGACGACUUGUUCGAAGGCCUGACCUACUGCGACUAUUCCCAGCUUCCCAUCAUCUGCAAGCCGCAUAGGGACAUGUUCACCAAGGCCAUGAAGGAGGCCGGCGUCGAGCGACCCGAAGAUUGCUACUUUGUUGACGAUUCACACAGCAACUGUGUAGGAGCACAAGCAUUCGGCUGGACUGCGGCCCAUCUUGUGGAGGAAGGGCUGCCGCAACCGUCCUCGAAGGCAUCACAAUUCCAGAUCAAGCACCUCGAAGAGCUGCGGCAGAUAUACCCGCAAUUCUUCAAAUCUUCCUAA